UUAUAACAACUUUGUUCAUUUGAAAACCAAAACCCUAGAAACAGAAAGUUUGUGAUCUAUACGGCAAAAAAGGGGAUUUUUUUUUGUUCAAAUCAACUCAGGAACCCUAAUUCGAUCAAUUGAAUCCUCAAAGGUUUUGCUGAUACAUGAAAGGAACUAAGCGGCUCGGUGUAUCGGAAGCUAACGCAGACACUAAUUCGAUUAGUAAAAAAAUUAUGGUGGGACCACAAAUUAAUGCUCCGUGGGCGACAUCGUCUCAACCGAAAUCAAUCACGGUCCCAUCGUUGGAUAUGCAUCGUGCUGAAUCAUCAAGACAACAUGUGAGAGCUCUCAAUAACCAAUUUGCAAGUUGGGUUCAAUCUCAGUUACAGAAUCAUCCCGAUGAGCUUUGGGAAGAUGGAGUUACUGACUACCUAACGCACGCUUCAGGCAUUCUGGAAAAAUUCAGUGAUGUUGUCAACUGGCUUAAAUCAAAUCCUGCAAAGAGUGAAAAUUUGUUAGAACAUGGAUCACAUGCUGCUCAGAAGAAACUUGCUACGGAAAAUAAAGAUGUUACAAAUGUUCCAUUUCAAGAGAAAACUCUAACCGCUCCUGCAUCGACCCCGUUAUUUGCGACUUCAAGUUUCACAAGCUCGCGGGCCCCUGCGCCACCCUCUAACAACCAAUUUUCUUUUUUGCCCGCGCCACCCUCCAACAAUCAAUUUUCUUUUUCGUCUGCGCCACCCUCCAACAAUCAAUCUCCUUUUUCGUUUGGGGGACAGAGUUCAAUUCCUGUGAAGCCCGAUGCUUCAAACGACGCUGAUGGUGAUGAUGAGACCGAACAGCCAAGCAGCCCAUCUGUGAAGAAGACCGAAGAGACUGGAGUACUUGUGGUGCAUGAAGUCAAAUGUAAGCUCUAUGUCAAGUCAACCGAUCCAACGGAUAAAGAUGCAUGGAAAGAUAGAGGCACAGGACAACUAUCUAUCAAAUGCAAAGAAGGUGUAACCAAAGGAACCAAGGACUCCAAACCCACAGUUCUUGUUAGAAAUGAUGUGGGAAGAUUGCUUCUUAACGCGUUGUUAUAUCCAGGCAUAAAGACAAACUUGCAAAAGAACUCCAUUGUUGCUAUUUUUCAUACCGCCGAUGAUAACGGGAGUGAGAAUAGUAAAGUUGUUGCACGGACGUUUUUGAUAAGGACAAAGAGCGAGGAGGAUAGGGACAAGCUUGCAGCCGCUAUUAAAGAAUAUGCUCCUGUUGCUUGAACAUGCGACCGGUGUUUAAUGACACUUUAAUCUUCCCUCUCAUUGAUGCACCAUCAACCAAAAGCAAUUGUGCACCAAGUGAGGUGGUUCAGUGGGUCAUUGUCAUAAUGGAUAUGACCGUGAAGGUAACUUAUGAACCGGGUAAGCAGAAUGGUGCGAGUCAAGGUCAGUUUAUGUACAACUUUGGGAAACUUGUGGGUGCAUAUUGUAGGUAUCAUUUAUAAAUGAGAUGCAAAGUUGUACCAUCGGUUGCGGUUGAAUUUAAACUAGAGAGCAGUUUUUUUUUUAUUAGCUAUGAAAACUUUUGUUGUAUGUCUGCAUGAGUAGUGUUUUUAAGUCUCUUUUGGAAGAAAAAAUUGAAAAAUAAGAAGAUAAA